AUCUCGAUCUCGAUCUCGAUCAAAUGGCGAAAGAACCAGUACGUGUUCUCGUUACUGGAGCCGCAGGACAGAUCGGAUAUGCUCUCGUCCCUAUGAUUGCUAGGGGAGUGAUGUUGGGUCCCAACCAGCCUGUGAUCCUGCACAUGCUUGAUAUCCCACCUGCUGCAGAGGCAUUGAAUGGGGUGAAAAUGGAGUUGGUGGAUGCUGCAUUUCCUCUACUUAAAGGUGUUGUUGCCACAACAGAUGUUGUUGAGGCAUGCACUGGGGUUAACAUUGCAAUCAUGGUUGGUGGGUUUCCAAGGAAAGAAGGCAUGGAAAGGAAAGACGUGAUGUCAGAAAAUGUCACAAUGUUUAGAUUCCUUCUACUUCCUAUGCAGGUUUUGGUUGUUGCCAACCCAGCAAACACCAAUGCACUGAUAUUGAAGGAAUUCGCACCAUCAAUCCCUGAGAAAAAUUUUACUUGUUUGACUAGACUUGAUCAUAACAGAGCCUUGGGCCAGAUUUCUGAAAGGCUAAAUGUUCAAGUUUCUGAUGUUAAAAAUGUUAUUAUCUGGGGCAAUCACUCAUCAACCCAGUAUCCUGAUGUCAGCCAUGCAACAGUGAAAACACAUUCUGGAGAGAAGGCAGUCCCCGAGCUUGUUGCUGAUGAUGCAUGGUUGAAGGGAGAAUUCAUAACUAUCGUUCAACGACGUGGUGCUGCAAUUAUCAAAGCUAGGAAACUAUCAAGUGCAUUGUCUGCUUCUAGUUCUGCUUGUGACCACAUACAUGAUUGGGUGCUUGGAACCCCCGAGGGCACUUGGGUUUCCAUGGGAGUAUACUCUGAUGGUUCAUACAAUGUACCAGCCGGACUCAUUUAUUCAUUGCCUGCCACUUGUCGCAGUGGAGAGUGGACGGUAGUCCGGGGACUUUCAAUCGAUGAAGACUCGAGGAAGAAGCUGGACUUGACAGCAGAGGAGCUCACUGAGGAGAAGGCUUUGGCUUACUCAUGCCUCUCUUGAAUGCUCUUGUUCCUUCUCUAAUGUGGUAGUACGUCCGGCUCUUUCUUGUGUGUCAACUGAAGUAGCUGGAGUUUUGAAUGAUGCCAUUGUUAAAGAUUUAGAGGAACUGUUA